AUGCUCAUCUCAUCACCAGAAAGGAGUAGCUUCCAUAUUCAGCAUCAAAUUCAAGACUUCGUGUCGUAUCUAUUUAUCUAUCUCAUUCUGUUCAUAUCUAUCUAUCUAUCUAUCUAUCUAUCUAUCUAUCUAUCUAUUAUUCUAUCUAUCUCAUUCUGUUCAUAUCUAUCUAUCUAUCUAGUUAUAUAUCUAUGUUCAUAUCUAUAUCUAUCUAUCUAUCUAUCUAUCUAUCUCAUUCUGUUUCUAUCAAUCUAUUUAUCUAUCUCAUUCUGUUCAUAUCUAUCUAAUUAUCUAUUUAUGUUCAUAUCUAUCUAUCUCUCUCUCUCUCUCUCUCUCUCUCUCUCUCUCUCUAUAUAUAUAUAUAUAUAUAUAUAUAUAUAUAUAUGUCAUUCUGUUCAUAUCUAUCUAUAUAUCUAUCUAUCUUCGUCUGUUCAUGUCAAUCUAUAUAUCUAUCUAUCUCAUUCUAUUUCUGUCUAUCUAUCUAUCUAUCUAUCUAUCUAUCUAUCUAUCUAUUUAGUUAUCUAUCUAUCUAUCUAUCUAUCUAUCUAUCUAUCUAUCUCAUUCUGUUUAUAUCUAUCUCAUUCUGUUCAUAUCUAUCUAUCUAUCUAUCUAUCUAUCUAUCUAUCUAUCUAUCUAUCUCUCUCUAUAUAUAUAUGUCAUUCUGUUUAUAUCUAUCUAUAUAUUUAUCUAUCUAUCUAUCUUAGUCUGUUCAUGUCAAUCUAUAUAUCUAUCUAUCUAUCUAUCUCAUUCUAUUUCUAUCUAUCUAUCUAUCUAUCUAUCUAUCUAUCUAUCUAUCUAUCUAUCUAUUUCUUCUCAAUAGAGUAUGUCAGGGUCUAUCUAUCUCUUGUCAAUAGAGUAUAUCAGGGUCAAGCCCUGAAAAUAUUUCUGAUGUUUGAAAUGAAAAACACUUAA